AUGGCUGAGAAUGCUCCUGCCACGAUCAGACGGCUGUUCGAGCUGCUUGGAGCGACGUACGUGAAGCUGGGCCAGUUCGUUGCCUCCUCCCCCACGCUCUUCCCUGCCGAGUACGUCAAGGAGUUCCAGAAGUGCCUCGACAGCACCGAGUCCGUUCCUUUCAGUCAGAUCAAGAGAAUCAUUGAAGAUGACCUCAAAGGCGAUUUGUCUACUUUCUAUUCCUUUGUUGAUGAAAAGCCACUGGCGUCUGCGAGCAUCGCUCAGGUUCACGCUGCCAAGCUGAAAACUGGAGAAGAUGUCGUAAUCAAAGUCCAGAAGCCUGGUGUCGGCAGCUUGCUCAAGGCGGAUCUUGCAUUCGUGUCGUUCUCAUCCAAAGUGCUCGAGUUCCUGAACCCGGAGUUCAAGAGGCUGUCGCUUGCGGACAUAGCAGCAGAUAUCCGCAACAUCAUGCUGGAAGAGCUCGACUUCACCAAGGAGGCGAAGAACAUCGAAGAGUUCCGGGGAUUCCUCAACAGCAACCGGAUCGCCCAGGCUAGCGGUAGGCGCGUCCUCACCAUGGAGAGGUUCUAUGGGAGCCCUCUCGUCGACCUCGACGCCAUCAGGGCUUACACGGAGAGUCCUGAGACCACCCUCAUCACCGCGCUCAACACUUGGAUGGCCAGUGUCAUAGGAUGCAGCUCCUUUCAUGCCGACGUACACGCAGGGAACCUCCUCGUCCUUCGAGAUGGAAGGAUCGCCUUUAUCGACUUUGGUAUCGUAGGAAAAAUUUCACCUCGGACAUGGCAGGCAGUGGAGGAGAUCGCUCAAGGUUUCUCAGUCUCUGACUACAACUUGGUCGCUGCUGCUCUUGUCCGGCUGGGAGCCACCACGGACAACGUCAACGUCCCUGCCUUCGCUGCAGACAUCCAGCGGAUCAUCGAGAGGAUCGAGCGGCUCGACGUGGAGGUGGCGGUUUCCCGCAGUGGCGACCAGGUGCAGGCGGUGAUGGCGGCGGAGGAGGAGGAAGUCACAGGAACCCUCCUCGACCUCGUUGCCGUGGGGCAGGAGUACGGCAUCAAACUGCCCAGGGACUUCGGUCUCCUCCUCAAGCAGACGCUCUACUUCGAUCGCUACACCAAGCUCCUCGCCCCCGGCCUCGAUCCUCUACAGGAUGACCGCAUUCGCUCCACCAUGCGCGAUCUGGCAGGGCAGGAUGUGAUAGACGUGUAG